AUGGCUUGCACUGAGGACCAGAAAGUGUUGUUUGGUACUCAUAUGAUGUUAGAGGAGGUCGGAGGCUGGUGGGAUAAUGUGCGGCAUAGAAUGGUAGAUAAAGUUCCUGAGUAUGCUACUAAGUUUGAAGAGCUGGUGAAAUUUUGUCCAUGCUAUAAUAGUGUGGCAGCUGAAGGGUCAAAGUGUACCAAGUUUGAAAGCGGCUUGCGUCCUGAGAUCAAGCAAUGUAUUGGGUAUCAAGAGACCCGCCAGUUUUCUGUGCUGGUAAAUAAGUGCAGAAUAUAUGAUAAGGAUAGUAGAGCCCGAUCUUGUCACUAUAAGAGUAUUAGUGAGAAUAAAAGGAAGGAUCAUAAUUGUGGGAAACCAUAUAGUGAUCCAGUUGACAAAGGGAAGCAGAAGCCUGAGCGAGAAUUGCACAUGUGGGAAAGAGAAAAGAUGUCAGAGCAUGUUCACAUUAGUACUCAAUGUCAAAAACCAAAGAAGGCUCAGUCUAGAGGGAAAGUUUUUGCUUUGUCUGGAGCAAAGACUACUGCAUCUAAUAAAUUGAUUCAAGAUACAUGUCUUAUUAAUGGUAUUCCGUUGAUAUCUAUUAUUGGAAUGGGUGAAACACACUCGUUUGUAUCAACUAAGUGUGUGAAAAGAUUGAAUCUAGAAGUGUCUGCUAUGAAUGACAACAUGGUCCUUGAUACCCCAUAUAAUGGUUCAGUGACUACUUCGUUGGUGUGUGUGAAUUGUCCUUUGACAAUUUAUGAUAGAGAUUUUUGGAUUGACUUAGUAUGUUUGCCUCUAAGUAAACUUGAUUUUAUUAUGGGAAUGAAUUGGUUGGAGUUCAAUCAUAUGCAUGUCAAUUUAUUUAAUAAAUUGGUGAAGUUUCUUGAAUUUGAGGAGAGUAUGAAAUCGAGUUUCAUGACCGCGAUAAAUGUAGGGAUUUCCUUGAAAGAGAGUGCUCAAGUGUUCAUGGUGUUCGUGUCCUUGAGAGGGGGAAGUGAAAGAACGAUUGUUGAACUACCUGUUGUGUGUGAGUUUCCUGAAGUGUUCCUAGAUGACAUUAGUGAUUUUUCGCUGGAGUGCGAACUUGAGUUUGCCAUAAUCUUAAUACCUGGUACUAGUCUUGUGUCGAUGGAUCCUUAUAGAAUAUAUGCUUCAUAA